AUGGUCAUGCGGAAAAUCAAAUUUGACUUGGAAACCUUUGUACGGAGCGCUCCUCAAUUCUCCUACAUAGCCGGCAGGUCGACUGAAGACGCGCUUCGCCCCGUCUUCAGUCACUGCGCCGAAGGUCGUCGCCUGCGAACAUCCCAUGCACGCAACCCUCACCAACGGUUCGCGGGUCUCAAGAUCCCCGCCUUUCAAGGCGGCGUCCAGAUCUGCUUGGACCUUGCGUCCGCAUUUGAUAUGGUACCCCAUUCUCUGGUCCGCGAAGCCCUCCUUGAAGCUGGGGUUGAGGCGGGGCCCGCCUCCCUCCUCCUUUCAUGGCUUAGCUCUUGCUCAUAUGAUCUCCACCUUUCGGGUCUCCGCGCCAAUAUAGUGGCCAGGCGCGGCGUAAAGCAGGGCUGCCCUGCAUCGCCCUUGUUAUUCGCUGCCUGUACCGUUCUCCUUGCCCGUCGUAUCGACCUUCGAUUAGGAUCGUCGUGGGUGUCUGAACACUUAACCAUGUUUGCAGACGAUCUACACCUCGCUUCGCUAUUCCACUCGGUUGCGGAAUUUGAUCUGGAGUGCCAGCGCUUGGGGGCUGCGAUCACUGUUCUGCGUCAACAUGGGCUGAUCAUUCACCCCUCGAAAGCCCAGGCCCUUUUGACGUGCACCGGCUCACAGGUCAAGCAAACCCGACAACGCUUUGUGAAGCCCCUGACCGCGCCUGCCGAAGGAAAGGGUCUGCGCCUCCGUGCCUCUGGCGAGGAUGUUCUCAUACCCCUCGCGCGUAGCGCGGAUUACCUCGGAGCUGUAAUCUCGUAUGAUUGCUUUUCUGCGCAGACCUUGGACAAGCGUAUGGCCCAGGGCCGGACUGCACAAGUUCAGCUGCGCAAGGUGCUCAACGCCCGAAAAGGUCUGCUUCUCACCCAGCGUGUCCUCCUCUGGCGCACCACUGUGUGGCCCUGCCUUCUCUACGGCCUGGGGGCCUGCGGUCUUACGACCGCUCACCUCGCCUCCCUUCAAACACUAGCCCUCAAGCAGCUUCGGGCCCUCUCGAACAGCCCUGCACACAUACACCAUGAGUCGGACGCCGCCCUCUGCCUCCGUCUUGGUGAUCUAUCACUGCCUGCAACCCUGCCUCUCACCGCACUUCCUCCGCCCGGACCGUCCGAGUCCACCCUGGAUGCGCCUGAGCCAAGCGAGCCCCUUGCGGGCUCUGCUCUGGUCGCACCGUUCGCUGCCAUACCGACGGAUCCUCCCGUGGCCAGGGCCUUCCCGUGCGGCCUCUGUGACCGCUCGUUUGAUACGCGCAAAUCUCUGAAGCUGCAUAUGGCGCGGUCGCACCAACAGCAGACGGCCACUGUUGUCUUCAAUCGUGCUCUGCAUGCGGACGCCUCGGCUCCGCUGGCUGCCGAGGUUGUGAGACAACUGGAAAAAGGUGGUGCCGCAGGCUUGGCGCAGCGUUCAGUCCUUGCCUGUACUGCAACGAAUCGCGCACUCACCCUGUUCAGCACAUUCGGCACUGCACCGCCCUUUGGCAGGCUCUUCUUCUUGCUCUGCAUCAUGGGUCUCAGCUCGGAACAGGCCGAUCAGCAGAUGGAGGAGGCCUUCGGACCGAUCCUGAAGUCGUUGCAGUACAAGAGGCCUGCAGCUCCGGAUACCGGAGCCCCCUCGCGCGAUCCCAAAGCGGCGAAGGGCAAGGACGGCAAGGGUCGUGGACAGAAGUCCGAUCCCAAGGGCAAGGGCAAAGGCCGGGGCCGCGGCCGAGCGGGUCGUCCUCCAGAAGAGAGCCAAGCUCCAUUCUGGGGCUCCAGCGCUGGUUUCGGCUGGCAACAAGCGGAGGAGGAGGCCGUCCCAGAUCUGCAGAUGUGUCGCCUGAUGGCACGCACCAUCGUGGAGCAAGCGGAUACGAUUGCCGUCCUGCGCCAGUCGACCGCGUGGGUGAUGUGGAUGCAGACCUCGCCUCCCUCCUUGGUCCCGACUCUUACGUCGACGGCAGCUCUUUGGAAGGAGACUUCCGAGCUCUACGGUCUCGGCCUCCGAGUGGCGCUCAUUUGGGCUCUCCUUCGGGUCCUGCGUUCGACCCUGGAGUCCCCCCCAGCAGAGCUGCUGUCGGAGGCGUGCGAGCGGAAGUGGAUCGAUCAGCAGGGCAACUGGCUCUAUCUCCGUUGGAAUCGUGCCAACCAGGCUCUCGAGCCGGACGAGAACAAGCAGUCGAUGAAUCAGACGGAUCUCAUCACGCUUCUGCGUCAGACCGGCACUCUGGCCGAUGGGGAGACGGUCAGCCGGUUCGCUGCAACGCGGCAGCUGGCGGAAUCCAUGGAGGGGGUGGUAACCUUCAAGGUGGACAUUCAGUUCCGAUCCCCGCGGGCUCAUCAGCUUUACACCAACCUGGAGCGCCUCGCUGGCCUGGCGCCGCUGAACAUGCUCGGUCUCUCCUUUCGCAAGGAAAGCUACAAGCGAUCGAAUGGGAUCCAGAAGCUUGCAGAAUGGUGGAACCUGUGCUACAUGAAUGCACUCUUCAGGUGCCUUUGUUGGGCCCUCGUGGGCUUCCAUGGGUGGGAACAGGCCACCUCUAGGUUAGGUGUUGCGGCCGUGCGCUCUCUCUCCCUGCGUAAUGCGCCCACCUGCCCCUUUGAUCUUCGCGGUUGGAGGUCUCUACUGACGAGAUGGACGAAUCCCUCGGAUCAGCACGACUGCGCAGAGCUCUUAGCCCAUCUGGCCGAGCGGUUCCGCUCCAAUCUACUCUUCGGGGUUUGGGAAGCUAGGAUUCUUGAGGCUGGGGUUUUUGGGGUUGUUGACACGGGAUCCUGUGACUGCACAAUAGGCCUUGACCCCCCUGCCCGUGCCAAUGCAGACCUACAGGCCCUCAUCGGAGCUUGGAGUACCCAACACAGCAUGCAUGCACUGCGAUACCCGCCCCAGGUGCUGACUCUCCGCAUCGCGCGGUACAGGCAAACCCCGACCGGAGCCACUGUCAAGAAUCAUUGUAGUGUCGCAUGGUCCCACUUCAUCAGUGUGCCUGCCUUUUCAGACGAUGCACUCGGCAUCACGCACCUUCGAUAUCGCAUUUGCGCUGUGAUCUAUCAUGCCGGUGCUGCUCUCACCUCUGGGCAUUAUACCUGUCUAAUCAUGGCUGAUGUUCAGGCUUGGUUUUGCGAUGACGGGGCUAUGCCUGUCCCUCAAGCCUGCUCCGGUAGUGGGUUCGAAUUCAGGUCCGAUCAGGCUUAUCUCUUCUGGGCAGUCCUGGAGCCUGCAGCGCUCAAUGAUGAAGUGCGGCUGACAUCUGGCUGUCAGCCUCCGCCCACCUUGGUUGCCUAA